AUGUCACGAGUUGAUCACCGUGCUAAGCAACAUCCUAAGCCUUAUGCUUUGCAGGCCUCCGGCAGCGGGGGCUCAUCGGCAGAGGAGACAGUGGGCGAGGCUCCAUCAGCUGCCAAUGACAUCUUGCGGCGGCUGCCGGAACAGUUCGACCUGGUGGAGGUGCAGAAGAGGUAUCCCACCAUGUACGAAGAGUCCAUGAAUACCGUUCUCAUUCAGGAACUCACGCGCUUCAACGGCCUCACGACGGUGAUCGCUGCAACGUUGAAGGACAUCCAGAAGGCGAUUCAGGGACUCCUUCUGAUGAGCCCAGAUUUGGAGCAGGUCUUCCUGUCCAUCUUCAAUGGCAAGACGCCAGCCAUGUGGCUCGCCAACAGCUACCCCUCGCUGAAGCCUCUGGGCGGCUACACCAACGACCUGAUUGAGCGGCUGAGGUUCUUCCAGGCCUGGAUUGACAAUGGCAUUCCUGUGACCUUCUGGCUCAGCGGGAUUUACUUCACGCAGGCAUUCACAACGGGUGCUGCUCAGAAUUUCGCUCGCAGGUACACGAUCCCUAUCGACACCUUGGUCUUCGACUACGAGAUGCCGCAGGACCAGCAUCCUGUCGCGAAGCCAGACAAUGGGGUCUUCUGCUACGGCCUCUUCCUGGAAGGGUGCAAAUGGGACUGGAGUGAGUGGCAGCUGGCAGAGAGUGAUCUGAAGGUUCUUUACGUGCCGGUGCCAUUGCUGUGGAUCCUUCCCUGCAAGAAGGCGGAACUCCGCACUUUCCCAUGGUACGACUGUCCUCUCUACAAGGUGUCUACGAGAAAGGGAGUCCUGUCGACCACCGGCCACAGCACCAACUUCGUUGAGGGCUGA